AUGGGCGCUCAGACGGGGGAUGUGGAGCCCAUGCCGGGAUACUUGGAGCUCAUCAGCCGAGCCUCCAGCGUCAUGCUGAAAUCGUGGAGAGACUGUAGCGAUUGCGGUCUGGAGCUCACCACACGGACUCUUCUGGAUCACGCGUACAUUACCUGGACCGAGAUCGCCCUGUUCUUUUUUUGCGCCUUUUUGUGGACGCAGAUCAGGCGGGGAUUGACAGAAUGUCUGUUCAAGCCACUGGCACAGUGGUGCAGAUUGCUGCCCAAAGAUGCCGCCAAGAUGCCGGAGAGUGCGUGGAAGCUGGUCUUCUACACAAUGUUGUGGUGCUACACCACGUACUUGCUCUUCUUCACCUCCUACCCCUUUUUCAACGACCCGCCCUCUGUCUUCUACAACUGGAAGAGCGGAAUGCCAGUGCCUAUAGACAUCGCCAUCGCCUACCUGAUCCAGGGCAGCUUCUACGGUCACUCCAUCUAUGCCACCGUCUACAUGGACGCGUGGAGGAAGGACUCUGCUGUCAUGGUGGUGCAUCACAUCAUCACCCUGGCACUCAUUUGUUUCUCCUAUGCUUUCAGGUACCACAACGUGGGCAUCUUGGUGUUGUUCCUCCAUGACAUCAAUGACAUCCAGCUGGAGUUCACCAAGCUCAACGUCUACCUGAAGUCCAGAGGAGGAGGCUACUUCCUGCUUAAUGACGUGCUCGCCAAUAUGGGCUCGGUCAGCUUCAGCAUUACCUGGUUCUGGUUUCGCCUGUACUGGUUCCCCCUAAAAGUACUCUAUGCCACCUGCGUGUCAGUCCCCAACAUUCCCUUCUACUUCUUCUUCAACACUCUGCUCCUUGUACUGUUGCUCAUGAACAUCUACUGGUUCCUGUUCAUCGUCCUAUUCGUAGUGAAAGUUCUGAAGAUGAAGGAGGUGAACGAUGUCAGAGAGUACGAAGAGGAGGAAGGCGCCAAAGCAGCAGGGGGCCUGCUCAAAAAGCCUCUGGCGGCGGCUAGAAAUCACGGCGAUGAUCACCCCGAUGAUGAUGCUGGACAUCACAACUCUGACGAGGGGAAGCACGUGCAAAACGGCAUCGCCAAGGAGAAGCAUCUAUAA